AUGUUAGUCAGAACUUUGAAGCACAACCGCGGUGUCCAACUCGGAGUUUUGGGUGUUAUUUCGGCUUCCGCCUACAGUUUUUGUACAAGUUCUCUCAAAAGUGAAGCUGUCACCUUAAAGUCAAAAACUUUUCAGGGGCCAGGAUUGUUCUCAUGGAGGACUCUUAUCCUCAAGAAUAUACAGGAUGUAACACAUGAUACACGCAAGUUUACCUUUAGCUUGCCUUCGCCUAAUGAUAUUUCUGGUUUGGAGCUGGCCUCGUUUCUGCUUUUCAAGCCCAUUGAUUCUAUGAAUCCAAGUUGCAUAAGGCCUUACACUCCUAUCAGCUCUUUAAACAAUGAGGGGGAAUUGGAACUAGUUGUGAAGCAUUAUCCCAAGGGAAAAAUGUCAUCUCACUUGUUUAGCUUACAGGAGGGCGACAAAGUUUCAGCAACUGGACCUAUCAAAACCUUUGAAUGGAAAGAGAAUCAAAAGAACAGUGUUCUAUUGCUAGGUGCUGGUAGUGGGAUUACUCCCAUGUUUCAAUUGAUCCGUGGAAUCCUGGAAAAUCCGAAAGACAAAACAAAGAUCAAUCUGUUGUAUGCAAAUAAGACUCCAUCCGAUAUUAUUUUGAAAGUGGAGUUAGACGAGCUACAUCGUAAAUUUCCUGAUCAAUUUAACGUAACGUACUUCGUUGAAAGCUUAGAAAGCGGGUUUGAGGGAAAAUCAGGGUUCAUAACAAAAAAAGAUUUGAAGCAAUGUGAUGAAAAGCAAAGUAGCCAAGUUUUCAUCUGUGGUCCCCCCAAGUUCGUUGAAGUUUACACCGGAAGUAAAGGUCCAUUGAUGUUUCAAGGACAGUUGAGGGGUUAUUUAAAAGAAUUGGGCUAUCAGAAAAGUAAUGUGUUCAAAUUCUAA